AAGUUGGUAGGAUAACAAAAAAGGUGCUUUCUAAUUUCAAUUUGCACCUGCAGAAAGAAAUAUCGAAAGCCCAACCAAAAAAGAAUAAAAUAAGAAAAACAAAAGAAGGGAGAAAAUGGCAAAAUCAGCAGUAAUCUUCUUUGUCAGUGUUAUUUGCUUGUUCUCCAUUCUAGGGCUUACUCAAGCCUAUGAAAAACCUCAAUUCAUUGUUGAAGGAAUUGUCUAUUGUGAUCCUUGUCGUUCGGCAUUCAAAACUAAUCUUAGUCAGCCCUUAGCAGGUGCUGGUGUGCGGUUGCAAUGCCGACAUCCUGAAACUGAAGAAGUCACCAUCACAAUCGCUAGCCAAACCAACUCCACUGGAUAUUAUCACUUGCUGGUAGAAGGAGACCACGAGAAUGAAAUCUGCGAAACUUAUUUGACAAAGAGUCCAAAGGAAGAUUGCAGUGAGAUUCCAGAUGAAGUUCAUACUAAAGAAUCAUCAAGGGUUACUCUCACUAACAACAAUGGCAUGGCUGGAAAUUUACGUGAAGCUAAUGCUCUCUUUUUCUUGGCCAAAAAAUCCUCAUCAGAGUGUGCACAAGAAUUCAAGGAUAUGCAAUAUAUCCCCGAACUUAAAGAUGUGAACCAGGCUUGAAGAUUUAUUUAUUCUGGGACUAGUAGAAUUAAGUAUAACAAGACAAGUCCUACAUUUUGAUAUGUUCUUAUUUACAUCUAAUAAAUUACUUUAGGACAUGCUCAUUUUAAAGUUGUUUUCUGUUUAUAAUUUGGAUCUUGAUUUUGAGGCUUGAGGGGUUCUUUUUUUCGUUCAGAUCUUUGUAGCAGGGAUUUACAUUUACUAUAUUAUUUCUAGGCUCU